UGUCAUUGUUAAACCCGUGUUACUCUUCUCUUCUAGUAUCCGGAGUGUGAUGCAGAAGUAUCUGGAGGAGAGACAUGAAAUCACCUUUGAUAAGAUUUUUAAUCAGAAAAUUGGUUUCUUGCUAUUUAAAGAUUUUUGUUUGAAUGAAAUUAAUGAAGCUGUACCUCAGGUGAAGUUUUAUGAAGAGAUAAAAGAAUAUGAAAAGCUUGAGAGUGAGGAAGAUCGCCUUUGUAGAAGUCGACAAAUUUACGACACCUAUAUCAUGAAGGAGCUGCUGUCUUGUUCACAUCCAUUCUCAAAGCAAGCUGUAGAACAUGUGCAAAGCCAUCUGUCCAAGAAACAAGUGGCAUCAACUCUUUUUCAGCCAUAUAUAGAAGAAAUUUGUGAAAGUCUCCGAGGCAACAUUUUUCAAAAAUUCCUAGAAAGUGACAAGUUCACCAGAUUUUGCCAGUGGAAAAAUGUAGAAUUAAAUAUCCAUUUGACCAUGAAUGAUUUCAGCGUACAUAGGAUUAUUGGACGCGGAGGAUUUGGUGAAGUCUACGGUUGCAGGAAAGCAGACACUGGAAAAAUGUAUGCGAUGAAAUGCCUAGAUAAGAAGAGGAUCAAGAUGAAACAAGGAGAAACACUAGCCUUAAAUGAAAGGAUUAUGCUGUCCCUUGUGAGCACAGGAGAUUGUCCUUUCAUUGUCUGUAUGACCUAUGCCUUCCACACGCCUGAUAAACUCUGCUUCAUCUUGGAUCUGAUGAACGGGGGCGAUUUGCACUAUCACCUCUCCCAACACGGGGUUUUUUCCGAGAAGGAGAUGCGGUUUUACGCCACCGAAAUCAUCCUGGGGCUGGAACACAUGCACAAUCGGUUUGUUGUUUACAGAGACUUGAAGCCUGCAAAUAUCCUCUUGGAUGAACACGGACACGUCAGGAUAUCAGACCUCGGUCUUGCCUGUGAUUUUUCCAAAAAGAAGCCACACGCGAGUGUUGGCACCCAUGGGUACAUGGCUCCUGAGGUUCUGCAGAAGGGAACUGCCUACGACAGCAGCGCUGACUGGUUCUCCCUGGGUUGUAUGCUUUUCAAACUGCUGAGAGGUCACAGCCCUUUCAGACAACAUAAAACCAAAGAUAAGCAUGAGAUAGACCGAAUGACACUCACCAUGAAUGUUGAACUUCCAGACACCUUCUCCCCCGAACUGAAGUCCCUUCUGGAAGGCUUGCUCCAGCGAGACGUUACUAAGCGACUCGGCUGCCGCGGAGGCGGCGCACAGGAGCUGAAAGAGCACGACUUCUUCAGGGGCGUCGACUGGCAGCACGUAUACCUGCAGAAGUACCCUCCACCCUUGAUUCCUCCCCGGGGGGAGGUCAAUGCAGCCGACGCCUUUGACAUCGGCUCGUUUGAUGAAGAGGAUACCAAAGGCAUCAAGCUUCUCGACUGCGACCAAGAACUGUACAAGAACUUCCCCCUGGUGAUCUCUGAACGCUGGCAGCAGGAAGUGGCGGAAACAGUUUACGAAGCAGUAAAUGCAGACACAGAUAAAAUCGAGGCCAGGAAGAGAGCUAAAAAUAAGCAACUUGGCCACGAAGAAGAUUACGCCCUGGGGAGAGACUGCAUCCUUCACGGACACAUGCUGAAGCUGGGGAACCCAUUCCUGACUCAGUGGCAGCGUCGAUAUUUUUACCUCUUUCCAAACAGACUCGAAUGGAGAGGAGAGGGAGAGUCCCGAGAUUCCUGGAGUAUUUAUCCCAAAAAACAUAAGCUGCAAAACUUACUGACAAUGGAGCAGAUUCUGUCCGUGGAAGAAACUCAGAUUAAAGACAAAAAAUGCAUUUUGUUGAGGAUAAAAGGAGGGAAGCAAUUUGUCUUGCAGUGUGAGAGUGACCCAGAGUUCGUGCAGUGGAAGAAGGAGCUGACGGAGACGUUCACGGAGGCCCAGCGGCUGUUACGCCGAGCCCCCAAGUUCCUCAACAAGUCUCGGUCCGCCGUCGUGGAGCUCUGGAAGCCGCCCCUCUGCCACAGGAACAGCAAUGGCCUCUGACAGCCUGGACCGGGACAGUCCCGGAAAGUCCACACCGGGCUGCUCAGCCUUGGGGAGAGGUGCAAGGAGGAGGUCGAUGCUCUCACCCACGGGAUUCUCCGUGGCUCAGGAGCCCCCAGGACUCCGAGAUGCUUCUGCGAGGAGGGGUGACUACCCCCAGUCUCGGGGUCGCCUCCCUCCCCUUCUGGGUGCCACCUGCCUCCAUCGCAUCUGUCCGCCCUCAAAACUACUGAAGAAAUGGAAGCUUUUUCUUUGCCACACAUCCUUUUGGUUGUAGGUGAAUCUAGAACUUGAGGUGGUUCCUACUGACCACUUCAUUUUUUAACGUCUGACACAAAACGUAUCUCAGACUUGCCAAAAGAGGAUGUGACCGUCUGCCAAGUUGGGUAAUAGAUUGCCCCCGCGUUGCCAUUUUUGGUCCACAAGCAGCCACUGCUGGCUUUAGACGUCUUUGCUCCAGGCCACGGGGCAGGGGUGGCAGAUCACCGGGUGCAUCUUCUGUGUACUUCAAAUCUGGCCUCUCAUUGCCCAGGCAUUGAAAGCUGCAGAGAUUUUCCAAAAGGGUUGUACCUGGGCCCCCACUGUGUGUGCUGCCCCCAUAGGUACAGGCCAGUCCCCAACAGGGAGCUUCGGCAGCUGGGAACCGAGGCAGCGGGUCCUCCGAGGGCACAGAAGUCGCUCAGCAUCGAAGGUGUCGGACAGUAGAUGGUUGGGAAGGUUUCCAGCAGCUUUGGUGUUGUCCAUUUCAAGGCAAUAGCGAUUUUCAAAAACCUUCCAGUAAUCAGCACUUUCUCGUGUCUGGGUGCCCAGGAACGCUUUGGGAGGGGGGCGGUUGAGCCGGUCUUGGGUUUGGACAGGAAGCAGUUGUGGGACCCAGCAACUCUGGUUCCCUCUGCCUGACCUCAGGAAGCAUCUCAGUCGUGGAUGUAUUAAGGAAGGAAACUCUGUUUUACAUUUUAGUAUAAUUUAAAAUGAAUUCUAUUGAAAAAAGAAGAAAAGAACGAAUGUGUCAAAAUGGGUUAACUGUGUAUCUUGACCUGUGGUGGUGGUCAGCUGUCGUUAGUGAAUAAUUCUUUGCACUGGGUGACUCAUUCUGACAGUGUCACAGCAUAAAGGCCGUUUCCCUAAUCCCAGUGGCCCCCGCUCCCCGUGAUUUGUUUCAGGCCCCAAAUAAGUGCUGGGUUGUCAGAACCAAUGUGUUUCCCAGCAGAAUCCUCCGUGUCGUCAGACUAAAAAUAGUAACGGUAAUUUUUAAAGUCCACUUAUUUGUCCUAUUCUUAGUGCAAUUGAAUUGUAUGUUUCUAAGUCAACUACUAACAAUAUAAAUAACUUGACAUCCUAAUUAUCUGCAUCCUGUCCUCGAUAUUUUUGGUGGUUCCAAAUGUUUGUGUUGACAUUCGUGUGCCUCUUUCACUGGGAAAGUUAAGUCCUUUUUAAUGAAAUGAUGUUUUGAGAGUCUGGAAGAUAAUUACUGAAAGAGCCUUUUAUUUCGUAGGAAUUAAUUUGGAAAAGAAAUUUGGAGGUUUACAAUUUGUCUCAGCCACUAGUUGGGGUUUCACAUAUGUGUUCCACUAUGUGCUGUUUCCAGUGCAGGAGGGGCGGGGGUACUACUUACGUGGAAUCCCUCGAUUUAAAAGGGAAGCACGGUAUUCAAAUUCUGUUUUUCUGAAAAAAAUGUUAAAUAUCACAAAUCCACCAGAGACAGAAAAGCAGUUGUUCUUCCUGAAGUGUGAGUGUCUUCCCUGGCACAGUCGACUGUAGCUGUCACUCCUGUGGUCAAGGGCUCUGUCUCAAGGUCAUGUGUGCUUAGUACUUUCAGUUCAGAGAUGGGUAAUCACAGUUUAGAAAUCACGGAGCCUCUGCCUCUGCUGGACAGACUAGAGCAUUAGCCUCAUGUGCAGAAGGUGCACGGACUCCUUCCGGGUCUGAGCUUGGCGUCCCCCCAUUCCACCCGUACGGAAUCAGCUACGCUGAUUCGCAUCUCUUUGCAAAGUAUCAUUUAUGCUCUGGAGUAGAACAUUAAGGUUAUCUUCCCUUUGGAAAAGAAAACUGAAUUAGAAAUACCCUGAGAGCCCUUUUGCCUCAGAUUUAUUCCAAGUAAAGUUUUGCUCUCCCCCAUCUUGAGUUUGAUGGAUAACUUCAUGGUUGAGAAAUGCAUCAACGUGGUUGUAAUUUAUUAAAUGUACUCUGUGAGGUUAGGACAGGCGGCUUUUUAGGGGGGUAUCCAGGUGUGUUGGGGUCUGGUUAGGCGGCCCGGGAGAGGCCAGUGUUCCAGCUGAGCUCGUGUCUGCAGCCCUUCUGCUGCCAGACAGAAGACAAUUCUGGGACCUUUCUGGGCCUGUACCUGCUGCCCACCUGGCCAAAGAUGUCAGUUGGUUUAAAAGUCUUGGUAUAAGUGGCUGUUUUAGGUUUUAAGAGUGUUGCAUCAUUCCUAGGUGUUUGACCCCACCUACAUCUGGACCAUUAAAAAGGACAAAAUUGAGCACAAGUGUUCUUAUUAUUUUAUAUCUGUCUGGUCGGGCUAGUUUAAUAUUGUCACAGAAGAUCAUCAAAGUUCAUGUGUUUUAUAAAAUCAUGGUAAUAGUAAGUCUUGAUUUCAUAUUUCAAAGGAAUCAUGAAACCAAAGCCUAAAAAUAAUCGAUGACUUUAAGCUGCUCUACAGCAUCUAUGGAAUAAAUUGAAAACUUCUGGGAACUGAAGGUUAUUUUUUUUUCAUUGAAAACAUUCUCGUUGGUGCAUUUAUCCUCUUGCGUCUUUGGGACUCAUGGUUUUUCCUUCUAUAUCAUGUUUAAGUAUGAUUUUUCAGCAAAACCGGUAGAAGUCGGCUGUUGUCUCACUGCUAGUGUGAAUUUCACUGCUUGUGCCUGUAAUUGGACAGUUCACAGCCAUGACAAUUUCAAAUUCUGUACAUAAAGAUAAGGGACAAAUGUCAGGGCUCGCUGAAGAAAGGAAGCAGUCUGCUCCAGAAAGACAGCAACGAAACUGGAAAAGGUAAAUCAAUCAAGAGCAACAACCACAGGCAACGAUUGGUUUUAAGCCAGACGUAGCUUGAUUUGUGGUUUGAAAUAUGCUGUGCAGCUAUUGAAGACAAUUGUUUUAAGGCCCUCGCUGGCUAUUAAAAAUUCUCAUUAACCAAUUGACAACAGUGGUUUAACUAUCAGGAAGAUCAAAGUGUGGUUUUUUUUUUUCCUGAUGGUAUUUUGAUUUCACUUGAAAUUUAUAGUGGGGCCAAUCCAAUACGGUUGAAUUUUUGGUGGAAUUGAUUUUUUUCUGACAUUUCGAAAUUGUCACAUAUCAUGAAGACAGAAUUCUCAAAACUGGACUUUUUUCAUGUGAUGUAAAUCUAUUAAAAAUUUUUUUGAAAUGUGCUGGCGUAAUCUUAAGGCUUACCUUGCGUGGUUUAAUUAUGUGCAAUUUUUUUUUCCUCAGUUGCAUUCAGGGAAGUGUUUCUGUGUCAUUCGAGAUGCUUGAGGAAUGAACUCCUCCCCUCCCGGGGGAUGGAGGUCUUGUUUGUACCCAGAGAGGAGUUGGUCAGGCUUCACUGGGAUCUGAGAUAGAUGCUGGGAAGUGGGCAGAGUGGGUGUCACCGAUGGCAGGGUUGUGGCAGAAAUGGGGCAAAGGAAAAAAAGAGGAGUUAAUUUGCUGGUAAAAGCCAAUCUCUUUACACCAUAAAGCACCAGGGAAAUAACUGAGUUAAACUCGGUGCUUUGGGGGGUUUCCCCCCUUAUAACAAGAAGAGUCAAAGGGGAACUCUUAUGAGAUUUGGUUGCUUUAUUUUUGAACAGGUGGAGUUGCUGAACUUAUUAAAAGACUGUUUGCUUUCCACCGGGACUUUUCUGUAGAAAUUAGGUCCUCCUGCUUGUCAUUCAGCAUCCUCUGGGAAGGCGCACGGGGCACACAGCUGAUGCCCAUCUUGUCUUGGUGGCGUGUACUCUGCAGGCCUCCUGGGGGACCAGAGGUGAGAUGUGCGAGGCUGUCAGUGCAGCGCCCUGCUGGUCAGGUGGGGACAGUGCCGUCCGAGCACUGAAGCUGCCCUAAUUCCCCUGCAGUAACAAGACUGGGCUUGCUUCAUGAGGCAGGCAGGCUUCUUGAAUAGUUUAAAUUUUCAAAACUCUUUUUUUCCCCCUAAAAAUCUUAACAUGAUUUUUCCCUCCCACAUCAGGUUGACUGAAGAAGCUUGAAUUCAUUAAUUCCUUAAAUUCAUAUUAAUAGAAUUUUUUUUUGUAUCCAGGCCACAUCUUAAAAAAUUUACUAUAGAAUAAAUGAAAGUUGAACUAUAAAAUGAUACUUCUUGGGUUCCUCGGGUCAUAAUGGCCUUUAGAUUUUCUUCGCCUUCAAAAACUCAAAGAGCUGUUCUUUUACAGCAGAGUGACAGAGAUGCAAGAUGCUGGCAGCAUCUGAAGGCUUGGGGGCACAAGUGGCUGGCCACUUGGCUGACAUGGCUGGGUUAGUACUUACUGAUCAAUUUAGCAUCCCAAAUUUUAAAUCGCCUUUAUUAAAAAACAAACAAACAAACACGUGCACACUACAGAACAUGGAUUAACAGUAUAUGCAUUCCAUCAAAACCAAAACGCCAUUUUAGAGUUAAACAACGCAUGUUCUUAUAGUAAAUUCUCUUAUAUGUAACAAACCUCAGAGUCAUCUGUGAGAAACUGGUAACCAUGCUUCCAUUUCAAAUUUUGUCCUAAUAUAAAAUGUGUCUCAUACAAGGGUAGGGGAUGGAGAAAUAUGUCUAAUAAGUGUGUAUUCAUAUUCCAAAGGACUUGAAAUUCUACUUCUUGUUUCUUAGUUGAUUCUGUCUCAUGAUGUACAUAUUAGAUGUGGUUUAUAAGCUAAACACUGGCCUUUUUUAAGUUCUAUUGUUAAAUUGUAUUUUUCUAUGUUUUAACUAAUCAUUAUUGAUUUGGCUCUUUCUGGGUAACAUAAAGAUUGCCAAACUACAUAUAUAUACAUAUUUUAAACACAAGUUCUAUUUUAGCACAAAAGCAUUUUGUAUUAUUUAUUGAAUCCUUAAGUUUGUUUCCAUCAAAAAAACCAGUCCUUAUCACUUCUGCUCCUUUUUAUUUGUAUAGUUUGUUAUUUAAGGAAAUGCAGUCCUUCCUGUUUUUUUGUUUCUUGUUUUUCACAAAAUUGAAGCAAAGCAGAUAGCAUUUGGGGUGAACGUCCCUUCUCUGCCACGGACAGUUCUCAACAGCAGCUCACCCUCUGAUCUGCGCUGAGAGUCAAGUGCACUUCCUGGGGUAACAUCCGACAGCGAACUUGCUGCAGAAUACUGCGUUCAUCUACCUCUUCCGAAGGCCCCCCUCCUUGUUGACAGGUUCCCCGACUGCGUUACUCUAGACAGGCUCCAUCAUCGUCAAAGAAUUUUGGGAGUUUGGAUGGCAUUCUCUCGAAGUGUAGGUUUCACGGCAUCAUGUAAGCCCCAGUGAGUGGGGUCGGGGGCUAUUACCCCUUCUGUAUGAUCAUCCUUCAGGACCUGACGUUCACCUGCAGAGCAUCAUUUCUGACUCUUCUUGUGCCAAAUCCCCCAAAUCAGUUUUGCCACCGCCUCAAGAUCUGACUGUUGCAUCUGAUCCAUCAACUGCGGACGGACGCCUCUUCCUCCACACGCUUUAGAAAUGGCCCGCUGGGUUUACCAGCAGCACUUCCAAGAGCAGCACAUUUGAAUGUGACUUCCCCCCUCGGUAUUUCAAGAUGGUUUGGGAAAUGGGCUUGUAUAUGGUCCCAGCUUUGCGAGAGGUCUUAUUUUUGAGUGGACCCUUGAGGAUCCAUGUGAGAGGGGGGUCCCUCCUCAUGCGCUGACCUUUGUCUCUCCCCGUUUUCCCAGCUGUGUAGCCAUCCACGUAGUCAUACAUUUACUCUGUUCAUGGCAAAGCAAAAUACCCUUAAAGAAAUAAGUCCGUUUUCUUUUUUUUUAUUAACAAGUCCAUUUUCUAUCGUGCAUCGCUGUACUGAGCAAAGCCAGUGAAUCAGAUAUUGUAAAUCUCGAUAGUGUAGCUAUUAAGUCAUUUGUUUUUCUCUCUUUUCA